AUGAGCGUAAAGAUGAUGGAUUGCAUCAAUACUGCUAGAUCCUUGGACGAAGAGAAAGAAUUCAGCUUUGCCAGCAGCUAUACACUCUUUCAUCAAGUCAUUCAAGAAAUCAUGGCUGUUUCUGUUGCAUCUGACUACACUGUCAGUCCGACUGAAGACGUCAAGGACAUGCUCUUUGCGUAUGAUGUUGCUUAUUUCGCUAGUAUGCUGACAGACUCAGUUUAA